AACAAUAAGCAUUGGCGAAAAAUUCAUCAAUGAAAAGCUGUAGUAAAAAAGUUCACGGAGUUGCGCGUUUGUGCGAAUUUCAUUAUACCUCUCUGUCUGAUUUUUAUUGAUUACUUUUCCAACCUUGAAAUUCGGUGCAAAUUGUGGGCUGAAAAACACCAAUGAAAGAGAUUCGGUUUUUAAGAAUGAAAUAUUUGUGUGACAAACGUAAUAGUAUAAAUAUCGUGUGUUAUCUCGAGUAUUAAUUUUCGGUCAUGAGUAACAGCAAACAAAACGACUGGGUUUCGCUUAUCAUCAAUAGAUUCGAAGAACAACUACCGUAUCGUUGUGGAGUACAAUCAUCCCACGCAAAAAUCAACGCCGAGCAUAUACAAGCAUGGCUGGUGAAAAUAAGCAAAUACAGAUUCUCGUUGAUUUUCCCCGGUCUCAUCAAGAUACUAACUCGAGUCAACGAAUCGACUCUCGUUCGUCUUCCUGGAUCAGAUGCAGAAAAACACUAUCAAGAAUCUCAGUUGAUCAUUUUAGAUACGCUGGAAAAAUGUUUAGCUAAUCAACCGAAAGAUAUGACGAGACUGGACGAGGCUCUUAAUGUGAAAUCUCUUCUGAGAGAAAUUUGCCAAUUUAUUGUUCUGGAUACGUCCACUGAAAGCCAGAAUAAUAUUCGUUUGAAGGCUGUUGCAUCGAAAGUAUUGCAUACUGUUUCGUUGAACUUUUUUAACGUAGUUUUUAAUCGUAUAUCUGGAAGACUGGAAGAAUUAAGUGUUAGUACCGAAGAGAAAGAAAACCCAGACUAUGGAGAUAUAGAAUUAAUCCAGCAUAUUAGUAUUGAUAUUAAUAGAUUGAUAAAAAUACUCAAUGAAGUCAUUUCGAAAUUUAAAUUAUUGAAAAAAUCUGCCCAUGGGCCCUUGAUUAAUAGUUUAGAAGUAGCUAUCUGGAACUGGAUGGAUGCUCAUCCAGAUGAAUUUGGAGAAAUUCAGAAAGUACCUAACGAAGACUUAGCUCGAUAUUGUGAAACACUUUUUGAUAUUUUGGAUAUACACGCUGAUUCUAAAAAAGGUAGACCAUCGGUAUGGUCUUUACAGUUAUUGAUGCUGGUCUUAUCUCCAAAAGUACUCGAACAAAUCGUGAACGCAGAUUCAGGAGCACCUUGCUCUCCGAGACACAGUCGUAAGAAACAAUUCGUAGAUACUCUUAAACGUAACAUAAAUAUCCACGGUACUGGAAAGCAUCAUGUGGAAACUUCAGCCAUAGCUUUAGUGAAGCUUUGCAAGGCUUCAACUUAUAUAAAUAUGCAACAUUCCAACAACAUUGUAUUUACCUUAGUCCAAACAGUUGUUAAUGAUUUGAAGAGUUUGAUGUUCAAUGUGAAUAAACCCUUUUCUCGAGGACAAAUAUAUGCAUAUCAAGAUAUUGAUAUUAUGACUGAAUGCUUCGUAUCGUGUUUUCGACUCAAACCGCACAAUACAGAUGCGUUGAAAGUAUGCCUAAGUCCGUCUUCACCUCCGAUGUACUAUUAUGUUUUAGUUUCUGCUUUGUACAGAAUAAUUAUGGAAAGAAGAUUAGCAUGGUGGCCUAAAAUAGAUUUAUUCUACAAUAGAUCUUCCGAAUUGCGAUCCAUGUUUACCGAUACCCUUAAUAAAGUUACUCAUGGUUUCAUUGCUCAUACACCUUUACGUAUGAUCCAAUCUUUGACUUUGAAAAGCAAAGACUCUGGUUGCAAAUUCAAGGAUCGAGGUGAAGAAAUUCCUAGUCACAAAGCUCUGCUAUUAAUGAUGGUCAGAUUAAUCCAUGCAGAUCCGAUGUUAAUGCUCAACAAUCAAGGCAAACCCGGCCACGAAAUCCAAAGCUCCACUUUGGAAUUGAUCAACGGUCUGGUUAGCCUGGUACCUCAGACAAAUAUGAUCGAUGUGGCUCAAGAAGCUAUGGAAGCUUUACUAGUCUUACACCAGCCAGAAAAAAUCGAAAUGUGGAAUCCAGAAGCACCCAUUAACACGUUUUGGGACGUGAGUUCCCAGGUAUUAUUUUCAAUUUCACAAAAAAUGAUUCAGCAUCAGAUAGUUAAUUACACGGAUAUCCUGAAAUGGUUGAAACAAAUAUUGAUCUGUAGAAAUGAAUUUUUAUCUAGACACAAAGAGUACGCUAAUGUUGGAACUCACAUACCGAUUUGUAAACAAGCACAUAUCAAAUUGGAGGUGGUCUUCCUGAUGUAUUUAUGGAGCACUGAUAUCGAAGCUGUGUACACGUCAAUGUCGUGUUUUAGUUUGCAAUGCGAAGAGGCUGAUAUCAGGUGCAGUUCGGAUGAAAUUACAGUUCAGAGUUUGUUACCAAAUUAUGCAGUUUAUCAAGAGUUAUCUCAGGCUGCUUCUUUAUUCAAUUUAGGUCGAAUUCUCUUACAAAAACGUAUCACGGCUAUUCUCAGAAAACUGGAGCACUGUGUUAAUGGAGUCCAACCCGCUUGGGAAGAAACAUUUCGUAAUUGGGAAGUAUCUACUAAAGUUAUAUCAGCAUUUUCGAAAACCAAAACCGAAGAUUUACCUCUUGAAGCGUGCCAUAGAUCUUUAGCCAAACGUAGAGCAUCUCAGCAAAGCUCCGAACACGAUGUCGAUGAUCAAAUUAACGAAUGGGCCAACAUGACUGGAUUCUUAUUAUCAGUCGGUGGAGUUCUUUUGCAAAAUAAAUCAGCGAUGAAGAACUCCACUUUGGAUUUAGAAUUCAAGAAAACAUUCACAUUACCUGGAUCUUCUCAAGAAGUCCAGUAUUGUCCAGUUACUCAAUUCAUCAAUCAAUUACUCAGGUUACUUUUAUGUUCGGGGGAAAAAUACGGAUUAUUGAUACAAAAACAUAUCAAAGAACUCGUUGGCCACGAAAUGAACCCAUCUCUUUACCCAAUUCUAUUCGAUCAAAUAAAAUCAGUCGUUGAGAAAUUUUUCGAUCAACACGGUCAAGCUUUAAUCGAUCCUGGUAACACUCAGUUCAUCGAACACGUCGUCUACAUUAUGAAAAUGGUUUUGGAGAAGAAAGUUGACGAACCUUUUGAGAAUUUCGGCGUCACCAGUAUCGAAGGAAUGAUUUUAACCAUCGUUAGAUACGUUCGUUAUUUGGAAUCAUCAGUGAAUACGAUCCAUUUGAAAACGAAAAUUUGUCAACUAGUGGACGUAAUCAUGAAACGUAGAGACGAUCUGUCGUUCAGACAAGAGAUUAAAUUUCGUAAUAAAAUGGUCGAGUAUUUAUCCGAUUGGAUUAUGGGGGUAUCUCGUCAAGUAUCACCUUCGUCGUCUAUCGAUGUGUCGCCAGUGACGAGUAGAGAUUUAGAUCAAGCUUGCAUGGAAGCUGUGGCCGGAUUACUGAGUGGGCUUCCAUUACAGCCGGAAGAAUCGGACAGAGGUGAUUUAAACGAAGCUAAGAGCCAGCUAUUCCUCAAAUAUUUCACAUUAUUCAUGAAUCUACUCAACGAUUGCGCCGAUGCUAGUCAACGUUUAGAGAAAAAUUCAUCGUGGCAAGAGAACGAAGCGAAUAAACUGAACGCUCUGAGAAGCGCUAUCAUUCAAGCUAUUUCUAAUUUACUUUCAGCCAAUAUAGAUAGCGGUCUAAUGCACUCUAUAGUGGCUACUCACCAUGUCGCUGAACCUUACACCAAACGAGAUAUCAUGAUAUCGGAAAAUCUAGUGGCUUUAUCGCCCUUCCUACCUACCGACUUCAGUUACAGUAAAGAUACUCAGAAUCGAGCCGCGUUUAUGGAAGUGUUGACCAAAAUGUUACAACAAGGUGCCGAAUUCAAUAUGUUAGCCGAUUCCGUAUUAGCAGAUCGUUACGAACAACUUGUACAACUUAUCACGAUGAUUAGCGAUAAAGGUGAAUUGCCAAUUGCGAUGGCUUUAGCUAAUGUGGUCACUACGUCACAAAUGGAUGAGCUGGCUCGUGUCUUUGUCACUAUUUUCGAAGCUAAACACUUACUGUCGCCUUUGCUGUGGAAUAUGUUUUAUCGCGAGGUGGAGGUUUCAGAUUGUAUGCAAACGCUGUUUCGAGGCAAUUCUCUCGGAUCGAAGAUAAUGGCGUUUUGUUUUAAAAUCUACGGAGCUAGUUAUCUUCAAAAUUUACUUGCUCCUUUGAUACAGCCAUUGAUCGAUGGUGAAGUGAAAAGCUUCGAGAUUGAUCCGGCUAGAAUGAAUUCCAAUGAAGACAUUGAAGAAAAUAGAGUGAACCUGACCACAUUAACUCAAACCGUAUUUGACGCAAUUGUCUCUUCUGGACCUUCGUUUCCAUCACAAUUACGUAGCAUGUGCCAUUGCUUAUACCAAGUACUCAGCAAACGUUUCCCUCAAGUACCUCACAGUAACGUGAGCAGCGUCGGCACGGUGAUUUUUCUCAGAUUUAUCAAUCCAGCUAUUGUUUCGCCUCAAGAAUCUGGUAUCGUCAACGUCACCGUACCACCUCAUGUCAAACGUGGACUUAUGCUGAUGUCAAAAAUACUGCAAAACAUCGCCAAUCACGUCGAGUUCAGUAAAGAACAACACAUGAUACCGUUCAACGAUUUCCUUCGUCAUAAUUUUGAAGCUGGUCGAAGAUUUUUCAUAAAAAUAGCCUCUGAUUGUGAAACCGAAGACCAAACACCACAUUCUAUGUCAUUCGUGAGCGACGUGAAUGUCCAUGCAUUACAUAGACUUUUGCACCACCAUCAAGAAAAAAUAGGCGAAUAUUUAUCCAGCAGUAGGGAUCAAAAAGCAGUCGGACGGAGACCUUUCGAUAAGCUGGCUACGUUGUUGGCGUAUCUGGGACCACCGGAACAUAAAUUUCCCGAAUUGCAUAGUAAUGAUAUUUCUCGCAGAUGGAGUUCUUUAGAUUUGCCCGGUUUUGAGGGCACUAUCGGGCAACCUUGGUUAAGCGCCGAAGAAUACAAGAGUAUCAAGAAUAUGAAUAUUUUUUACCAAUAUGGAAAUUCGAAAAAUAAUAAUCCGGUGUUUUAUUACAUCGCUCGCAGGUUCAAUGAUUUUAUUCUGUCUUGUAGACACGAAGAAGUGAGCAAUGAGAAAUUCAUGAUGUACGUUAUUCAGACAUUGGCUCCGUAUCAGCAUGCUCCUUGGGAGUUGUUCAUCGAUUUUACUCAUACUGGUACCGAAAAUAGAUUCAGAACUUCUUACCUGAAGAACUGGAUGUGUUGCCGAGGAAUUAAUCGUAAGAAUCUCGUAUUCGCUUAUGUCUAUAAUUGUAACGGAUGGGUACGAGAAUACUCGAAAUUCCACGAAAGUAUUUUAGCUCCUAUCAAGUAUUAUCGAAACAUCGUGUUUAUGGAAUCGAUCACCAAAAUAAACGAAUACAUAGCUCCAGAUCAACAAAAACUACCCGGAGCUACUUUAGCUCUCGAAGAAGACCUGAAAGUAUUCAACGGCGCCUUAAAAUUAUCCCACAAAGAUACGAAAGUUGCCAUUAAAGUCGGUCCUUCUACUUUGCAAAUAACCCAUUUGGAAAAAACCAAGGUUCUUUCACAUUCUGUGCUGCUGAACGACGUUUAUUACGCGGCUGAAAUCGAAGAAGUUUGCCUAGUCGACGACAAUCAGUUCACCGUUACCAUCGUUAAUGAUUCGGCUCCUCUAUCGUUUAUUCAUAACGACUGCGAUGUCAUCGUACAAUCCAUUAUUCAUAUCAGAAAUCGCUGGGAAUUAUCCCAACCUGAGUCGGUCAACGUUCAUCAUAAAAUAAGACCAAAAGAUGUACCUGGAACAUUGCUGAAUAUGGCGUUGCUCAAUUUAGGUUCCUCAGAUCCUAAUCUCAGGUCCGCAGCUUACAAUCAACUGUGCGCAUUGACAGCUAAGUUUGAUCUCAAGAUCGAAGGACGUUUAUUGGAAACUUCCGGUUUAUGUAUUCCGUCAAAUAAUACCAUAUUCAUUAAAUCAGUCAGUGAAACUUUGGCCACCAAUGAAACCAGAUUGACGUUGGAAUUUCUCGACGAAUGUAUCCAAAGCUUCCAGUUGUCGAAUAUCGAAAUGAAACAUUUAUGUUUGGAGUAUAUGACACCUUGGUUGAUGAAUUUAGUCAAAUUUUGCAAAUCAACUGACGAAACCAAGAAAACCAAAGUAAUACAGAUCUUGGAAAAAUUAAUAUCUCUAACUAUACAAGAAGUAGAAAUGUACCCUUCAAUCCAAGCCAAAAUUUGGGGCAGUAUUGGAAAAGUUUCCGAAUUAAUCGACAUCGUGUUAGAAUGUUUUUUGAAACGAAGUGCCGAAGCUAGAAUAGGAUCUCCGGUCGUAGAAGUACUGGCCGAUACCGCAGUUGCUUUGGCUUCAGCCAACGUACAACUUGUAGCUAGGAAAAUCAUCAGUAAAUUGUGCUCGCUCUUCGAACAGAGUUGUAUAUCACCCACGCAGAAUUUGGAGAACCAUGUGCUGUGGGGAGAUAUCAUGAUAUUGUCAAGAUAUCUGCUCAUGCUGUCGUUUAAUAAUUGUUUGGAUGUUAUUCAACAUUUACCAUAUCUAUUCCAUACGGUUACAUUUCUAGUUAAUUCUGGUCCGGUUAAUAUGAAAGCUUCGAUACAUGGAUUAGUGAUUAAUGUGAUCCAUUCUUUGUGUACUUGUUCCGAACCUACAUUUUCAGCUGAAACGCAACGAGUAUUACAAAUGAGUCUUGAUGAGUUUUCUUUGCGAAAAUAUUACCCUUUGUUUGGCAUCAGUCAAGUGAAAUCUGCUUCUGUGACUGCUUUCCGGUAUCAUCUGCGACAGCCUGAUAGUAGAGCGAAUGAUUUCAAGUUUGGUAACAAAGGAAAUGAGAAAAGUACUAAUGGACCUGAUAACGAACGGCUGAGUUUAUCAUCACUUGAAAUUAUCAUCGAUGCUUUACUCGAAAUAAUGGAGGCUUGCUCUAGAGAUAUUCCAAAUUGCGACUGGUUACAAACAUGGACCGAACUAGCUCAGAAUUUCGCGUUCUGUUAUAAUCCAGCAUUACAACCGAGAGCAUUAAUUGUCUACGGUGUUAUCUGUAAAUCGAUCAAAGACCACGAUAUCAGGCAACUACUUAGAAUACUCGUUAAAGCUUUAGAAAAAUCCAGCGAUUUGACUUCCAUCGAAGCACCGGUCGUCUGUUUGACCAGACUUCAACCUUUACUCAGACCGGAAUCUAAAAUACAUGGUUUCCUUUUCUGGAUCGGUGUGUCUGUGUUACAACUUGAAAACGAACAACUUUUUGAGACUGGACUAGCCUUAAUAGAACAAAAUUUACAUAUCUUAGAUUCCCAAGGCAUUUUUGAAGAUAAACCAUUGGAUAUGUUUAUGAUGUCAGCCAGGGAACCUAUCGAAGAGUGGUAUUUCCGAACAAUGGAUGGAGAAGUUGGAUUGAGUUUUAAAGAAAAUUUCCACUUCGCCUUGGUUGGUCAUCUAAUCAAAGGAUUCAGGCAUCCUUCAAACGCAACGAAAUCAAGAACAGCUCGAGUGCUGAUGUUUUUACUAUCAAUCAUAGCCAAACCUUAUAAAAGAGAUAAAUUCGAAGUCACCACCGAAAGUAUCGCCUACUUAACAGCAUUGGUCGCUGUUUCUGAAGAAGUUCGAAGCAGAUGUAGACUUAAACAUGUAGAGACAAAUUUCGAAAACGUUGAUUCAACUUUUCAACAACCUGCUGACUUGACUAGUGAUAUUUCACCGACUGGUUCGAUCAACGGUAUAUGCACCAGGAGGCAAAAAUCUUGGGAAUUAUUGGAUCAAAAUUCCAUCAAACAAGGCUACAGAUAUCAUCAAGAUUUACAAACGACGACUGCAGCUACCACAACGGCUGUUUAUAAAAAUAAAAAUACUUUGGAGGAUCAUUUAUAUUAUGAAAAAGUGUGGAAAAGUUUAGACCUAGGGCCACCUCAACCGCCACCAAGGCCUCCUCAAAGAUCUUCCUCUUUAUCGGGUCAAACUGCUCCGCUUUCCGAACCGAAGGUUCGAAGUGAUCGUGCUUCCGUUUCGAACGAGAGUAAUAUUUUACUCGAUCCGGAGAUAAUUACCGAUAGCACUAUACAAGUGUUGACUUUGACUGUAUUAUCUACUUUGGUGAAGUAUUCGACUGAUGAACCUGAGAUGAGAAUUUUAUACCAGUAUUUGGCCGAUGGCUCGGUCAUGUUUUCCAAAGUUUUUAGAGUAGUGUAUAAUUUAUUGGAUGCUAGAUUAACGAGUAUUCUGCAAUGUUGCCACGAUCAAGUGUUAUUGAAUUCGGUGCAGAGUAUAAUACAUAAUAUGAUAGCUUGCGAAGAUACCAGUCAAGAUCAUUUGUAUUACGUUCACACUUGCGGUUUCGGUGGAUUGUGGAGAUUUGCCGGUCCAUUUACCAAAGGAAAAACAAAUCCUCAAGUUUUAGGCACCGAAAUGUUUGCUAAUUAUUUGGAAGCCAUUGUUGAAACGAUUCUUCCAGCCGAAGAAGGAGAUACUGGAAUUUCUUCCGAUCCUUCUACAACAGUAUCUUUGAUAACAUUAGCUUCACCUAUCGAUAAAGAACACAGUUCCUCUUAAGAUGCGUAAUCCCAGUGAUUUGUGGAAAGAUCUGAUUUGCAUUUAUAUAUCUAUGUGUAAUUUAUUAUGUUUUAUCUAAUGUCAUAAAAUUCACUUUUUUCAUGACUUACUCUGAUGUUGACAUUUAUUGUUUGAUCUGUUGUUUCACUGUUUUACCUUCCUUUUUUUUGUAUUUGUUAAUUUACUUAUUUUUAUUUUUGUUAGCUUGUUUACAUUCUAAAUUUUGUUCCCCUCCUUCCCCUUUGUAUCGUGUUCUCGAGUUUUUAAUCUUCCUUUAAUAAAGUGCUUAACUUAUU